AUGGGUGCCACCACCCUGGGGACACCGGACGUCACCCUGGUUCCCUUUGCAGACCGCCCCCCACCGAAGAAGCCGGCGGCUCAUCUUAUAGCCGGCGCCGACGUCUCAUCCCAAGCCAACGGAUCCCUUCGGUGGGAACCCGGCAAAUCGUGGGCCUUCAUCCGGGGCCUGGGCUACCGCGGCGGCUCCCUCGUUUGCCGCCAACCCGGUCUCUACUUCGUCUACGCCAAGGUGCAACUGGGUGCUCCCACCUGCCCGACGCGCGCCGCCACCCUCCACGGCAUCCACAAACGAACGCCCCGUUAUCCCGGUGUCCUUGACCUUCUGGUCAAUAAGGUGGUUUAUUGUCCCCAAGCCCAUGGGGUCCCCUGGGCCCGGUACAGUUUUUUGGGGGGACUCGUACACCUCGAAAUGGGGGACGAGGUCUUCACGCGGGUGCAGGCCCCCGAGUUGGUGCGGGCGGUGGAUGGCACCCGUUCCUAUUUUGGGAUGUUUAUGGUGUGA